AUGAAUUUCUAUACUCUUUUACCUUCUAAGCUCGAUAUCAAUGCGGACAACAUAACGGAAAAAUUUUGCCAGUUCUGUUUAUGCUGCAAUCCCUGGUAUGCAGGAGCCGAUACAAGACAACUAGCAACCGCAUUCAACUCUAUUCCAAAAUCCGAGGGCCAAAAGUUUGAUAUCUGGGUCUUGUUUCUGUUAAUUCGGCAAUACCAUCAGAAAGUGAUCAGCUCCUGGUCUAAACUGGUUGGUUUCUUGGGUGUUGAAAGAAAGGAUGAGCAAUCCACUCAAAAAAUUCAGCAGUAUGUUGUUCGUUUGAAGCGAUGGAUGAAUCAAAUGCAUGUGGACGCCUUCUUUGAUUAUCUUCUGAGCCGACCCAAUGCAUAUUAUUUAGAAAUUCCGGAAAGCCAACCUCAAUUACGAUGUAAUGUUAAUAUAAAUGAUGACUUGGUUAUUAAAGCGUUGCGUGUUGGUGUGGUUUCUCACCAUAGCAAUUCGAUCAAUGUACUGCACGCUUCAGGUUCUCCGUCCCACUGGAUGCCUUCGGCGGAUCACAAUUUAGAAACCGAUGGCCAAAGCCUGGGAUUCGUUCAUGAUGAUACUGACAAUUGCCCGACUCCUCAUUCGCUUUUAAUGCCUACCUCACAAAACAUGGCGGUGGAUCCCGUCGAACAUAAUCGAAACCAUCCUUCAAAUAUUCCCAGUUCGUCACUUCAGCAAAGUACGAAUGUAUUUGAUUCAUCAAAUGAAGCAGCACAACUGCCAAGGGCGACAACUCAUUCCAGCAGACAUGAAAACUCUUUCCGCGAUUCAGAAUCAGUAUCCGUUGCCGACUCAAUAGACCCCACCAACAGUUGGCAGCAAUGGCCAGACGAGUUGCGAAACGUUGCUUCUCCAAAAGAAAGCGACACCCUAAGUGACUCUUGGUCUCGGUCUGCAAAUGUUGAUGCUGAUAAUCUUGAGCAAGAAAGAGGGCUUCCACGAAAACGAGGGCGUCCUCCAGGCGCUAGGAACAAAUUAAAACAAUUGCAAUCCGAAGUAUCAAUUCCAGUAAACAUAGAUACCAACUGGUACGAACGGUUUGACAAAUUAAUGCAUGCUCAAAAUACUAUGCUACGGGCUGCAUUCUCACACGCAGCUCAUUUACCAACGGAAAAGGUUAAUUACUUACUCAAUAGCUAUACAGAUGAAAUUUCUACUUACAUACCCACAUGUGUUCCAUCCUCAAGGGUUAACAGCAUGAGGAACAUUUCUCAUACUAUGCUAGCUCUCGUUUCCUCACAGCUUGAAAUUAUUGAAGCUAAUAAUGAUAGACUUAUAUGGUCUGUUCACCAGGGACCCCUUAGUGCGACCGUAUGCCAUACUUUCAACGCCGAAAAAGCUCCAAAUUUACAAGCCUUGGUAGAGCCUACUAUCUUAAAAGAUGCUGCCACUCAAAGGACAAACUCUGCUGUAAAUACAUUAGGAUCCCUGGAUUCGGUAUCAACAUUGAAGCUGGAAAUCGCAAAAUUGAAUGCCGAGUUACGCCAAAAAAACAAUGAAAUCGAAAACCUGAAACGGAAAGUUAUGAAUGCUAUUUUUAAUUAG